CUAGGCUACAAGAAAACGUGCACUGUACGAACUACUUACGCUUCCCACAUAUAUCUUUGACCAUCAAACUGUCAGAAGUUAAUGCUUUAGUCAAUAACCAUUACCAUUACUUACCUUCUUUUAAAGUGCAAAUUACUUCCAAAUUCAAUCUCAACAUACUAGAGGAUGAGGAUCAAGCAUUAACAACUAGUCAUUACAAAUAAAUGGUGUAUGAAUUUAUCUGGAGUCUUCCAAUUUGUUUAUCCGUAUAUUUUUCAUGGGUAUUUAGUCGAUGGAUAGACAGGAAUCUUCUUCGAAACCGUCUUCAAGUCUCAGGACUGAACUAGAUGUUCCCUCGGCAGAUACUUGUUCGACUGUUUCCUGUGGAUAUAACCUGCGGCCAUCAGGAAGUGUAUCGUCGAUUGCCUCAUCAUUCACUGCAACUAAAAGUGAGUUGGUGACUAAAAACUACUUAGUCGGGAGUAUAGCUGGAGGUGCUGGCUCUUUAUUGGGAAUAAGGGAACUAAACAAGAUAAUUCCAGGUAGUAACAUAGAUAUCCAAGUUGUUACGUGGAAUAUGUUAUCCAUGAAGUCUCAGUUUUAUCCGGAAGAUUUAAGUGAUCUUUUCUUCAGUGGGUCUUCCGAGGAAGCUGCAAGCAUUUAUGCCAUUUGUAUACAAGAAUGUUCUUCCGACAAAAAUGAACUUCUUGUGAGAUUGCAAGCUGCUAUUGGCAUAAAACAUGUUCUGUUUACAUAUGCGACCCAUGGGACAUUGGCUUUAGUGAUAUUUCUAAAUCGCGAUCUUAUAUGGUAUACUUCGGUGCCUCAGUCAGUUGGAGUCACAACUUCAGCUGCCGUACGAACUAAAGGAGCUGUAGCUAUUUGCUUUAUACUUUUUGGUACAUCGAUUUUAUUCCUCUCAGCUCAUUUUAAAGCUAACCAUACAAAUUUUGAACGGAGAGUUCAAGAUUAUUUACAAGUAGUGAAUAAUAUUAAUCUACCAAAAGUUGGUUUUAACAAAGGAUAUAAAUACGAAGAAUCCAACCCAUUGGAUCGGUUCGAUGUUGUCUUCUGGGCAGGAGAUUUAAAUUUUCGAAUACAACGACCAAGACAUAUUGUCGAAAACAUAAUUAAAGGAAAAUAUAAGCAUAGAACAUUUGAAGAACUUUUGUCGGUUGAUGAAUUACUCAAUGCACAGUCACAAGGUAUCAUCUUUCAGAAUUUUGACGAAGGCCGUAUUCGCUUCCCUCCAACUUACAAAUUUGAUCUCAAUUCAGAUGCUUACGAUUCAUCAGAAAAACAACGCGUUCCAUCAUAUACAGACAGAAUAUUGUUCAUGUCAAAAAAGAAAGACAAUUUGAUCUGCUUAGAUUACAACAGUAUUAAUACAAUCCGUUCAUCGGAUCAUAGACCUGUGUUCGCACUAUUCAGUUUAGUUUUAAGACCUGGAUCUGAUAACAUUGCGUUAGCAGCUGGUGCAUUUAAUAGAGAGAUAUACAUAGCAGGCAAUCAACGUCGUGCUCUACGUUUAGAUAAAUUAAAAUCAAGAAAAAGUACAAUUCAUGCUAGAGUUUGUACUAUUCAGUGAGAUUUUCAUAACCACAAAAAUGGAUAAGAAUGCAAAUAAAUUACAUUUGAAACAAUUAUUUAAUGUACAACCUACCAAUUUUCUAUUCAAAUAAAUUAUUUUUUAAACCUUAGUUUUUUUAGUCAUUUCAAUUGUCGUAUAGGAAGAUAUGAAACUAUAACUAGCCUUGGAUAGGGUUCUAGAUGAUAAAUUCAAUCUUUCAGCAUACAAACAGUGAAGAAUAUUAUCAUUUAGUUAAUUAUGUGACUAAAAGAUGACUAAAUAGUAUUUGCGAAAAACUAAUCGAAAUUACGUCGUUGUGUCAACGCGUUUCAUGACACUCUUACCUUCUUACUUACUUACUUACGCCUGUUACUCCUAAUGGAACAUUGGCCGCCGAUCAGCAUUCUCCAACCCACUCUGUCCUGGGCCUUCUUUUCUAGUUCCAUCCAAUUCUUGUUCAUUUUUCUCAUGUCUAUCUCCAUUUCCCGGCA